UUGGUCGGGCACGGUGAGCGUAUCUGAAUGUAAAAGCGAAUCCGAAUUCGAAAAGCGGGUUAGCGUGGAGUGCGGAAAAGAUCGCGAACGGUGGAAUCUGAAGCGUUAUCACGGCGUGAAUCGAUCGUAUCGCGAGGCCCGAUUACAGAUCGGACAUUUUUCCACGACACGAUUAGACGGUUUCAAUAAUAAUACACAUACGUACAUACUUACUUACUCAUAGAAUAAAAAAAAAGGGGGCAAUUAACGCCGUUCAGAAAUCAUGCCACUCAAAGGAUCGAUCAGAGUGAUAGCCAGGGCGUGUCUAUCGACCAAGUGCCCCUCCGGAGCCGAUAAAACGGCUGUUAAAAGCGCAGCGACGCAUUUUAUGCGAGUCGCAAGUCGAGGCUUCUCAACUACCGGAUCGCUCGAAAUGAGGUUCGUACAGUUUGUGAAUAAAAACGGGGGCCCCCAGCACCUUGGGGUACAACUGCAGCCGGGCGGCGAUAUCACAGACAUAUCGGCUGUCGAUUCGAGGAUCCCCAACAAUCUGAGAAAGUUCUUGGAAGGCGGCGAUGACCUCCUAAAAAAUGUCAAGAGGAAGGAGAGUUUAAUGGACACUGUGAAAAGGAUAGUAGUUGAGGGCAGAAGCAUAGUGCCAGAAUCCGACGUAAAUUUCCUUCCCCCAGUUACCCGGAUGGACAAACUAGCCUGCGUCGGCCUAAACUACAGUGGACACUGCAAGGAACAAGGAGUAGAAUCCCCAAAAAGUCCUGUCAUGUUCAGCAAGUUUCCCAGCAAUAUCGUAGGACCAAACGAUGACGUCGUUUUGCCCAGCAUAUCCGAUAAAGUAGAUUGGGAAGUGGAGCUGGCGAUAGUGAUUGGAAAGAAGGGCAAGGCGCUGAACAACCACGAGGCCGAGGAGUACAUAUUCGGCUACACAAUCGCUCAGGACUUAUCCGCCCGUGACUGGCAAAAAGGAACUCGAAACGGGGGCCAAUUUCUCCUCGGCAAGGCCAUGGACAAUUUCUGUCCUUUGGGACCUGCCGUUGUUACGAAAGAGGCAAUAUGUGACAUAAACAAUCUGUCUGUCAAAACGUGGGUCAACGGUCAGCUUAAGCAGGAUGGAAAUACCAGCGAGCUCAUUUUCAAGCCCCACGAUAUUGUCGCCUAUCUUUCUCAAUUUGUAACGCUUCUACCCGGUGAUGUAAUUCUAACCGGAACCCCUGGCGGUGUUGGAUUUGCACGCAAUCCACCGGAGUAUCUGAAGAAAGGAGACAUUUUAGAAUCGGAAAUAGAAAGUCUCGGUCGUAUGCGUAACACGAUGGUUUGAUUGUCGCCAACAGUUUCAAUAAACUGACACCAUUUAAGCGUAUAUUCGCAAAGAUUAUACGUUCAUCAUACUCUAAACGAAUAUUUUCACCGAUGAAAUUUAUCA